AUGAAGUUACUUGUAUUGACUAUAGCCAUCGUAGCAGUUUAUGCUGUGCCAAAGUCUGCUAUGGAGAACGUAACACCAUUUGAUUCUGUCGAUACCGAUAACAAUGGAGCUAUCGACUACAACGAAUUCGAGAAAUGGCAAAAGUCAAAACUUGGCGAGUCCAGCGAUUCCAAAAUCAAAGGUGUAUUCCAUCAGUACGAUGUUUCGCGUGACCAAACUCUGGAUGUGGCCGAAUUUGUGCCACUUGCUUAUGAAAUUAGCCGUAAACCGGUUGAUACUGCUGAAGAAAUCUUUAGACGCAUGGAUCUGAACAGUGACCAAAUUGUCGAUCAGAAUGAAGCUGCUACCGCGCGCAAAGAAAGUGAUGCAAGCAUCAUUGAUAGCGUUUUCGAGGCCGCAGAUGUGAAUGAUGACGGUCAGCUUACUUACGCAGAAUUCGUCGCUCAGCUCAACUACAACAGACCUAAAAGCAGGAAGGAGGCCGAUAGGGAGAUGGCUUAUCAGAUUCUGAGCUAUAUCGACGUAGAUCGUGAUGGAAAGCUAUCGCAAGACGAAAUCUACAACUUCGCUAAUGUCUAUAACAAGCUCUCGAAAGAAGAAAUCGCCAAAGUGAUUGCUACUCUUGACGCUAACAAUGACGGUUUUCUGACAGUCGGAGAAAUCGAGCGAAUCCCAGGAAAAAUGUCUCAGUUGGCCAACAUCCAAACACCGCCCACUGUUUAG